AUGGCUGCCGCCAGUGGAGCUGAAUUUCAAGAGGGCCCGGUUCACUUGGGGGAUCGACGAUUUUCGGACGAUGCGACCGACCUGGCAGCCUCAAUGGGUUCAUCUGCUGGAUUGCGGGCGACAGCGACCGCCCCUCCGGGUGGUAUUCGGUCAAGGCUGGGUAUCGCAAGGAGAACGCUGGGAUUGGGCCUACUCAUGGUCACAGUGUGUCUCUGGACGGCUUCCAAUUUCCUGGCCAGUACGAUAUUUUCAGAUGGAACCUACGAUAAACCAUUCUUCGUUGUUUACGCCAACUCCUCUCUCUUCGCCCUCUCGAUGCUUCCAAGAUUUACGAAAUAUUUAAUACGGAACGGGUUCCGGGGCUUACAACAUGACCUAGGCCAAAUGUGGCAUGAACAACGACAUGGGAAAUCGGCGAGUAAGACCGUCGAGGACGUGACCGCAGACGAGACGGUCGGCGAGCGGUUGUUGGUGGAAGAGGAUGACGAGCUUGGCAGAUCGGUGGAGCUAUCGGGGGUGAUACCACAGGAGAAGCUGGACGUGCGCGAAACCGCCAUGCUCAGCCUCGAGUUCUCCAUGCUAUGGUUCCUCGCCAACUACUUUGCAUCUGCGUGCCUGCAGCACACGAGCGUGGCGAGCGCGACGAUCCUGUCGUCGACGAGCAGCGUGUGGACGCUCAUCUUCUGUGCCGUGUUCGUGGUGGAGCGGUUCACCCUCCGGAAACUCAUUGGCGUGCUCGCAUCUCUCGCGGGCAUCGCGCUGGUCUCCACGGUAGACCUCUCGGGCGGAAGCGAUCAGGAUCGGGGGUCGUUCCCGCACAAGUCGACCACCGAGAUUGCUGUUGGAGAUUUCAUGGCGCUGAUCGGCGCUGUCAUCUAUGGCUUGUAUGUGACCGUGAUGAAGAGACGUGUGGGGAACGAAGAUAGGGUCGACAUGAGGUUGUUCUUUGGGCUCGUGGGCGUCUGGACGCUCCUCCUCUUCUGGCCCUUGUUCUUUGUUCUGCAUUGGACCAAUAUCGAACCCUUUGCACUUCCCCCGUCAGCCAGAGUUUGGGGAAUUAUUUUUGGCAAUUCCCUUGCCUCCUUUAUUAGCGAUAUUUCGUGGGCGUUCGCCAUGCUGAUGACGACUCCAUUGGUCGUCACGGUUGGUAUUUCUUUAACGAUUCCGCUCUCGCUUAUUGGCGAGAUGAUACAGUACGGGCAAUAUGCGUCGUUUCUAUACUGGAUUGGAGCAGCGAUUGUGCUCUUGUCUUUUGUGUUUGUGAGCCAUGAGAGUAAAGACGAGCCAGAGAAGGGAACCGCUAUUGAGAUUGGGCCAACGCGAGACGUUGCCCAGGAAGAAGCGUGA